UGUGAAAUGGACUAUAGCCUUGAAAUAGAAGAUCUCCAGAUGAUAUUUAAAAUCAAUGAAAAAGAAGUAACCAUCAAUAUUGAAGAAUUUCUCAAUAACUCAGGCUCUGAAAAUGCAAUAAAAGUUUUCAACUUGCGACUUUACAUCUUCUGGAAGAAAAUUUAUGUCUACAAUCAAGCUAACAGGAUCUCCAAAGAGAAACUUUGAGUGGAACUAUUUGACUUUUUGUCCAUGAUAAUCUGUUUAUUGAACAAGAGUGUGCUUUCAAGGUUUGCCAAGUUAGUAAUUAUUCUCUUCAUAAUCUUUCAUUUUGAACAAAUGUUGGAUAAAUUUGAGCAGAUCGAUUACAAAGAUUAUACCUCCAUAAGGUUGAUGCUUCCUUUGUAUAAUUCGAAAGCAAUUAUUGUAGAAGACUUAGUCAAGACAUGCUACCCUGAAUUCAGAAAAUAUAGUGCUCAAGACGAGGUUUUGAGCACUUUAGAUUCCUUAUUCAUUGUACCCAAUGUAGAUAGCUUGAUUACUCCUACAGACAAAGCAGAUGGGCUAAUUUCUUCAGAAGAAAAGGCUCAGAUUGAGGAAUGUUUACUCAAUUGCACAAAGCCCAGCAUCAAGGAAGGGAUCAGAGAAAUCCUAAACUUUAGUGGUUUCUCUGAAGUAUUAAUAACUCUGUACUAUAAAUGUCUGAGCCAACUUAAGACAAUGUGCCAGCUAUGUAAAACACCCACAAUCGGAGAUAUAAAUAAAUCUACUGGAAGGUACAUGACUAUAUGUCGUAUGCAGCGGUCUAAAGAAGUGAUAUACCUCAAAAUCCUAAGAAUGAUUCAAUUUUUACCAGAAAAAGACCAGAAAUCAGAACUACAAAGCAUGGAAUUUUCCUGCAUAAACAUGAAUUGGCCUGACUUAUACCUCCAGAUUUGUAAAAUGGUUUUAAACUACCAUAUCUGUGGGGACAAAUACUAUCUACCCUAUCUGUUAGGCAUGCUGGUAAUUCUCAAAGAAAGGGAGACCAACCUAGACCAACUUCAAGAAAUUUGGAACAAAGCUUUACAAAAUUUAGUUGAUUUCAUUACAAUCGACAAAUUUGGAGAGAAGCAAAAUAAGGAUAAAGCUGAAGAAACCAAGAAGGAAAUUGAGAAAGAUGAGAAAGAAGAUAAUGAAGCAGGAGACCUACAAGAAGAAAAGAAAGAAGAUCCGCAAGAGGAAAUUAAAGAAGAGCCUCAAAAUGACGAAAAGGAGGAUGAUAAAAAUCAAGAUGAAAAUGUAGAAGAGAAACAUCAGAUAGAAAAUCUUAAUGAAGAAAUUGAAGAAGAGAGUAAGAAGAAAGACGAAGAAGUCAAGGAUAAUGAGAGUAAAGAUGAGAAAAAGACAGAGGAAGACCAGCUGUCUGAAAUAUUAAAAUGUAACUGUCCUCAAAAAUUCAUCAAAUCGUCCUACACCAAAGAAUCCCUUACAAUCUCUUGAAUAAUCAAAAUCACAAUCCAUAAAAUCACCCUAGUAUCAAAAUCAGAUUCCAAAUUCAAAUUCUCCCUCAAAUCACCUCUAUCUCUCCUCCCAAACGCCAAAACACCAAUUCCAAUACCUCACAACUCCCUCAAAAAAGUCCGUAAAAUCCACCUCCACUGCUCUACCCCCUGCUCAACCCCUCUCACGCUCAUAAUCCCUCGCUCAUAAUUCAACUGUGCCCUCUAAAAC